UCCCGACCGCUGCUCUGCCUUCGCCCGUCCUGCUGGCCGCUCUUGCAGAGCCGGCGGCUUGAGCUAGGCUGCCAGCUGUUUGUCGUCGUGACCUGCACCGUUGUUGCUGUAAGGUGACAUACGUAUAUGAAGUAUAGGUAUUUAUGAAAGGAGAGCCACGUCUUGUAGUUUAAGAAAGCAGCUGCUUCUUCCUCUGUACUUAUAGGCACCUAUAUACGUUUUUUUGCAGCUGGUACAGAAGUUUUUCCACUGCCUGUUUUAAAACCUGUCAGCAAACGUUUAAACUAAUAAAAACUCAGUGCUGUUUUCUUUCUUACCAAAGCACCAUGUUUCGACUACCUGCACUCCGCAGAACCCUAGUUGGGGUCGCCCAGUCCUCCAAAGUGUGUGGACGUACAACUGCAACAGCAGCCAGCAACCAAAUAGAGGUGUUUGUGGAUGGUCAUCCUGUAUUGGUGAACCCAGGAACCACAGUACUUCAGGCCUGUGAAAAAGCUGGAAUUCAGAUACCUCGUUUUUGUUACCAUGAUCGUCUCUCUGUUGCUGGAAACUGUAGGAUGUGUCUUGUGGAAAUAGAGAAAGCUCCCAAGCCAGUUGCUGCUUGUGCCAUGCCAGUUAUGAAGGGCUGGAACAUACUGACAAACUCUGAGAAGUCCAGGAAAGCAAGAGAGGGUGUAAUGGAGUUCCUGCUGGCAAAUCACCCAUUGGACUGUCCUAUCUGUGAUCAGGGUGGAGAAUGUGAUCUACAGGAUCAAUCGAUGAUGUUUGGCAGUGAUAGGAGUAGAUUUAGAGAGGGAAAGCGUGCUGUGGAGGACAAGAACAUUGGCCCGUUAGUCAAAACAAUCAUGACUCGGUGUAUACAGUGCACUCGAUGUAUCAGGUUUGCUAGUGAGGUUGCAGGGGUAGAUGACUUGGGAACAACUGGAAGAGGAAAUGAUAUGCAAGUUGGUACUUACGUUGAAAAAAUGUUCAUGUCUGAGUUAUCAGGAAAUAUAAUUGACAUCUGCCCAGUUGGUGCUCUUACCUCCAAGCCAUAUGCCUUUACUGCACGCCCAUGGGAGACAAGGAAGGUAGAGUCAAUUGAUGUUCUUGAUGCAGUUGGAAGCAACAUCGUAGUGAGCACGAGAACUGGAGAAGUGAUGAGAAUUUUGCCAAGGCUGCAUGAAGAUAUCAACGAGGAAUGGAUAUCUGACAAAACAAGGUUUGCUUAUGAUGGUCUGAAGCGUCAGAGACUUACUCAGCCAAUGAUCAAAAAUGAGAAAGGAUUAUUUGUUUAUGCCUCAUGGGAGGAUGUAUUAACUCGUGUUGCUGGUGUGCUACAGGCUGUGAAAGGUGAGGAAGUAGCAGCAAUUGUAGGAGGACUGGUGGAUGCAGAAGCGCUAAUAGCUCUGAAAGACUUAUUGAAUAGAGUAAACUGUGAUACGCUCUGCACCGAAGAGGUCUUCCCUACUGCUGGAGCUGGCACAGAUUUACGCUCUAACUACCUGCUUAAUACCAAGAUUGCUGGAGUGGAGGAGGCAGAUGUCCUGCUUCUGGUUGGCACCAACCCACGCUUUGAGGCACCGCUUUUCAAUGCUAGAAUUCGAAAGAGCUGGCUUCACAAUGACUUGCAAGUGGCCCUUGUUGGCUCUUCUGUGAAUUUGACUUACACAUAUGAUCAUCUAGGAGAGUCCCCACAGAUACUUCAGGACAUUGCUUCUGGAAAACAUGCAUUCUCCAAGGUCCUCGACCAGGCCAAAAAGCCCAUGGUGGUGGUAGGUAGUGCAGCACUGCAGCGCAGUGAUGGAGCAGCUAUCCAUGCUGCCGUUUCCACCAUUGCACAAAAUGCCAGGACUAAGAGUGGUGUUGGUUCUGAUUGGAAAGUCAUGAACAUCCUCCACAGGGUUGCAAGCCAGGUAGCUGCUUUGGAUCUGGGUUUCAAACCAGGAGUGGAGGCAAUUAGGAAAAAUCCUCCCAAAGUAUUGUACCUCUUGGGAGCAGAUUCAGGUUGUAUAACACGUCAGGAUUUGCCAAAGGACUGUUUUAUCAUCUAUCAAGGACAUCAUGGGGAUGUGGGGGCUCCCAUGGCUGAUAUUAUUCUCCCAGGAGCAGCAUAUACAGAGAAGGCGGCCACAUACGUGAAUACUGAGGGUAGGGCCCAGCAGACAAGAGUAGCAGUAACACCUCCUGGGAUGGCAAGGGAAGACUGGAGAAUUAUUAGAGCUGUCUCUGAGUUGGCUGGUAUGACUUUGCCUUAUGAGAACCUUGAUCAAAUACGGAAGCGUUUAGAAGAAGUAUCUCCUAAUCUGGUUCGAUACGAUGAUGUGGAAGAGGCCAACUACUUCAAACAGGCAAAUGAAUUGUCAAAGUUAGUGAAGCAACAGCUUCUUGCUGAUCCUCUUGUUCCACCUCAGCUCACAAUAAAAGACUUUUAUAUGACAGAUUCAAUCAGCAGAGCAUCCCAGACAAUGGCCAAGUGUGUGAAAGCUGUUGUUGAAGGCGCUCACGCAGUAGAUGAGCCAGCCAGCUGCUAGAGACUAAUCAGCCUGCUACCACCUCCACCCAACUACUUUCCUGGAAGCACCAGCAUUCCAUGGGUACAUCCCUACAGUUCUAGAGGGAGACUGAUUUAAAUCCUGGGCAAUUUAGUGAGCUGCUUCAAUAAAAAGAAACCAGACAAUGUGGUCCCAAAUGGAAGUCAAGUCAAACUGAGGUAUGUUCUUGAGCACGACUCCGAAACAGCCAACAAAACUAGGCCAUUCAUAAAAAUAGUUGUAACUGACUCAUUUUUUUAACGUAUUUUGAAGCAUAGCUCAAGGCAGAAAAGGAAGUGUCUCUAGCAUUUCCCCAGGAAGUAAAAGGUUUGGGAGCAAUGCCUCUUCUGAGGCUGCUAGAUUCUUGCAAGACAGUGGCUGCUGCCUGCUUGGUUGGGGGAUGCACUAUAUGUUGCUGUUGAAGCUGACAGAAAAGCAGCUUGGAUUCAUAGAGCUAAAUAAAAAGCAGAGCGGCAGCGUGGCAUCAGCCUUAAUCAAAGAGAAAAGGUAGUAAAACCCCAUCUCCAUCGCCGUCCCCACACGCCUGCUCCUCGUAAAAGUCCAAACAAUGGCUAAGCCAAAACAUCCUCUCCCAAAACAAGACAGUCUCUUAAUAAUGAUUUGUUUUGUUGUCCUUCAAAUAUGCAAUUAGAUGAAGUCACCUUCAGUGAUGAAGAGUUGAAAGACUGACUCUAUCAAGGCACUGGCAGGACACGAACAGAAAAAAUGCUAACAAGCAAACCGAUAUAAGAGGACUUAAUUGUGACUACCAUCAUGGAAAAAAUCAGCAGCAAGUAAGCAGGGAAUUAUGGAGAGCAUCUAAAAGUUAAGGACUUCACUGACAACUGAAGUAAGCUUUUUAUCAGGAGUACAAGAGCAUGUUUUAUGGAGUAAGUCUUCCCAGAGUUAUCAGAGAAGUUGCUUUGCUCAAGAAGCAGUUUUUAAAUGCCUAUUAAAAACCCCACAAA